GUUGUUCUGCAGUCUCGAUCCCCCUCGCAGCCGACGAGACCGUCGCCAUCGAGUCUCCUCUCUACCCGACCACUCCCCUGUCUCAGGCGGCCUGUAGUUGGUCCCUGGUAGCACCCGAUGGAUACUAUGUCGAGGUUGAAUUCACCAACUUCCAACCGAGCAGCGAUUCGUGUGAUGACACAGCGGUAAAGGUUUAUGAUGGAGACGUCUCGCUAUCUAGCGUUUUGAUGACGGUUUGUCCUGACACGACAGCGCCAUCGAAUCUGAUGUCGACUACCAAGACCCUGGUCAUCGUUUUUGAAAGUAGUCAAGACACAUCCCUCGUAUUCUCUAUCCAAGGCACAGCAAGAGUCCUACCCUGCUCUUCAAGCCCUUGCCUGUCCGGUGGAUCCUGCUCAGACAAGUUACAGCUGACUCCUCCCACCUACCAGUGCACAUGCACAUCAGCAUACGUGGGUACGCAGUGCGAGACGGAGGCCGAUGAAUGCGCAUCCAAUCCAUGCAGUACGCAUGCGCAACAGUGCAUCGACCAAUUGGACAGCUUCGAAUGCGUUUGCAGUUCAGGAUUCACAGGUGUCUUGUGCGAAACAGAUAUCAACGAAUGCAGUAGUCCAGAUGUGUGCUUCAAUGGUGGCGUUUGUAUCAAUAGCGAAGGCUCCUUUGAGUGCCAGUGUGCUGUUGGUUUCAUUGGACAAUUCUGCGAAACGGAUAUCAAUGAAUGCGACGAGAACCCUUGUCAAAAUGGAGGGUCAUGUACGAACGAGGCGGGCGGCUUUUCCUGUGAUUGUUUUCCGGGAUAUGAAGGUGCUACGUGUGCACAAGAUACAAAUGAGUGCUUGCAGUCGAACACAUUAUGCCAGAACGGAGGUCAGUGCGUCAAUUCAGAGGGAUCCUAUCGCUGCGAGUGCCUUGCGACAUACUCAGGACAGCACUGUCAGGAAGAUGUCGACGAGUGUGCAGCUAACCCCUGUGGUAAUGAAGGGACUUGCUCCAACACUUUCGGUUCCUAUCUCUGCUCCUGCGCCGAUGGCUUUGAAGGACUGAACUGUGAAAGGGAUGUGAACGAGUGCACCCUUUCACCUUGCCUGAACUGGGGAACUUGUGUUAACACCCCGGGGUCGUACCACUGCAGUUGCUCCGAAGCGUACACGGGGGAGUUCUGUAAUGAGGAUGCCGAUGAGUGCGAAAAUGAGCCAUGUUUGAACGGUGGGACCUGCACCAAUACGAUCGGAUCCUAUCGAUGUGAAUGCCCAUCGUCUUCCACGGGGAAGAACUGUGAAGUAGACGUCAACGAAUGCCUCAACAGCCCUUGCCAGAAUGGUGGAAGCUGCGUAGAUAUUGUUGGCUCCUACUACUGCUCCUGUACGUCAUACUACACUGGACAACACUGCGAUGUCGACGUUCAAGAAUGUGAAACAGACCCCUGUUUAAACGGAGGGACCUGUUCUAACACGGUUGGUUCUUACCAUUGUCAGUGCAUGCCGGGGUAUGAAGGGCGCACUUGUGAGCUGGAUAGGAACGAAUGUGAAAACGACCCCUGCCGUAACGGUGGGAGUUGCACUAACACGGUGGGUUCGUAUACAUGCACUUGUCCACCAUCUUACUUCGGUUAUAACUGUGCCGAUGACGUCGACGAAUGCGAUGCCGAUCCUUGUUCCAACGGUGGUACAUGCACCAACCUUGUCGGUUCUUAUCGAUGCGGGUGUACUGCUGCUUACACAGGGCAGCACUGUGAGGAUGAUGUUGACGAAUGCCAAAGCCUCCCAUGCAAGUUCGGAGGUACUUGCACAAAUACCUUUGGCUCCUAUGUCUGCCAAUGCAUCCCAUCUUUCACAGGACAGGACUGUGAGGUUGACACUGAUGAAUGCACUACCGACCCCUGCCUCAAUGGAGGCACUUGCUCUAACAGUUUUGGUUCCUACGCCUGUACCUGCACUUCAUUUUACACGGGUCGGCACUGCGCGGAGGACGUCGAUGAAUGUGAAACCAACCCCUGUUUGAAUGGAGGGACCUGUUCUAACAGUAUUGGAUCCUACCAUUGCCAGUGCACCCAGCGAUUUGGAGGACCAAACUGUGGUGCUGACGUCGAUGAGUGUGAAAUCAACCCCUGUAUGAACGAAGGAACCUGUUCUAAUUUCCAUGGGACGUAUCAAUGUGAAUGCAGGGGCCUGUUCGCUGGGCCACAUUGCGAAGAAGACGUGGACGAAUGUCUAGGAAACCCCUGUCACAAUGGAGGUACUUGUCGCAACAGUUACGGCGGAUUCGUGUGUACUUGUCCAGAUACCCUGACUGGUCCAACAUGUGAAAACGGCCUUGAUGUACUCUGUUGCCCAGAAAUUUGGAAUACGUUCUUGAUGAAACGCUUUUGA